AUGGCAUCGACAUCAUUCCAAUAUGGUGAACUUUCCAACACGCAGUUUAACCGUCUCAUCACUGAACGAGCACGUUUCAAAAUUCGAUCUCAGAAUACGCAUAAUCAAGUACACCGACCACAAUUAGAAAGUCUUCCGUCGGCUAAUACUUCUACAACGGCAUUAUCGGAAGUUUCAUCGCAGAUCGACACCGUACUUCUUGGCGAUUCUAUGAUGGAACGUUUUAAAACUACGGGAAAACACACUCAGAUUGUACAACUCCGUUAUCCACAAGUCUUUAAUGCCGGUGUAGGUGGAGAUAAAAUCGACAAUGUACUCUAUCGUAUCGAUUUAGGAUUGCUUCGCUUACUGAAACAUAAAAAGCCUAAACUCAUUGUACUGCAUGUAGGUACUAAUAAUCUUCGACCAGGGAAAGCAUUACAAUUUCAACAUCUGGAUGAUUAUUGUCUUCUUUUGCAUGUUGUACUCAGAACUCUGUCGACUGAAACACAGAUACUUGUGACAAGAUUAUUUAGACGAACAGAUAUCGAUGAACAUUGUGUUACACAUUCAAAUAUGGCACUGAAAGAGCUUGUUACUAAAAUUAAUGCAGAAGAAAUGAGAAAAGAGGCGCAACCGAGUUCUCGUGUUCACUGGAUGGAUCCACCCGGAGACAUAGGAUUAGAACAUUUAGAUGAUCAUGUACAUCUGAAUGCUGAUGGAUAUCAAAUUUGGAAUGCAGCGCUGCUACAAAAGAUUCAAGAGUUAUUAAGUACAUCCAACUCUAAAUAA